UUGCGGAAGCCUCCUCCGACGAGCGACCCGGACAGCAGCGCCAGCCCCUGCGCCCGAUCCGAGAAGCUUCCCUUCUCCUCCGCGCAAAAGCUUAGGAUCGCCCGCGGGGCGCCCGCCCGGGGCUCCUUCUCAGCCUUAUCAUCCAGCCUUGCCCGGAGGGGCUGCUGCCGACGCCCCGUCCCCAAAUCCGAAAUAAAAACCCUGCCCGAAUUGAGCUGGAGAAUUGCAGCGGGCGCCAGGUUGCAGAUCCCAGGGGGCUAAAGGAAGCCGAGGAGGCCGCUGCGUCGGGCCGGGGGGCGGUGGCGGCUGCUCUGGGUGGAGGUGGAGGAGGCGGCUUUGGGGCGGGGAUUGGCGGCUUCCUCGGCCUGAGCCUCCCGGGCGGUGGCGGCCCGGUUUCGGGGAGUUUUGCAGCCGUAGGUGGGCGCCCUCCCGGUCUUUGAGGCUUCCCAUGGACACCAGCCCCCCGAUCCCAGAUCCGGGUGGUCCCCGAAGGGAUUUUACCAUCUCAGCUUCGGAGGUGGGUCCUCCCUCCUUCGAAUGGCUGCUAGGGCGCCUGGGGGCCUGGGGCCAACGUCGACAGCGCCUUCUGUUGGCGCUCAGCUGUCUUCCCUGCGUCCUCGUGGGUUUGGCCUUGGGUUCAGAUGUCCUCUUUGCUCUCACCCCUCUGCAUCACUGCGGGGACCCCAACAGCACCAAGAUGCCCGAUAAUGCCAGCUGUCAUGGCCCCCACGGUCAAAGUGGGGAGACUGGGGUUCUCUCCAUCCUCACCAGCAACCCAGUGACAGAGUGGUCCCUGGAUCAUUCCGGCAGCUGGGUGAUCCCUCUGGAACAGAUCUGUUUCCUCCUGGGCUUCGCUGCAGGGGCCGUUUUCCUUGGUCACCUGGCGGACAGUGUAGGGAGACGGAGUACCUUCCUCCUCACUUUGGCUCUCGGCUGCCCCGCAGGCCUCCUGGCAGCCUUCGCAUCCUCUCCCUCCAUCUUCAUACUGGGCCGGUGUCUGUGGGGCACGAUGCUGGGUGCCAUGCAACUUGCCCUCUACAUUACUCGUUUGGAGUUGUGUUGUCCUUCGCAACGGCUACCGGUAGCCAUGGCAGGAGACCUCAUCCAGGUGGGGGGACGGUUCCUCCUCCUGGGUCUGGCGUGGGUCUGCGGCAGUUGGCGGGUUCUGCAAGGGGUGAUGUCGGCCGGAAUGGGGGUUUGCCUGCUGUAUGGCUGCCCAGGGUUGUACCCUGAAUCUCCCCGUUGGCUCUUGGCCACCCGUCGAACAGCUCAGGCCAAGGAUGUCCUGUUAGCCCUGUGCCAAAAUGGCAACGCCCAAGAACUCGAGGCCCGGGAGGCCCUGAAUGAGCUGGACAACGCUUGUCAUCUGCCUGCAGCUGCCCAGAUCUCACUCCGCAGCCUCCUGUCCUGCAGGAACAUCUGGAAAAACAUUCUGAUCCUUGGUUUUACCACAUCCAACCAAUCGAUUUUCUUCCGCAGAGGGAAGGGUCUUGGCAUCACGCUGGCUUUGGCCUCUCUUGGAGGGCUGAGCGCCCCGCUGUUGCGGGUACGAGAACAGCACGGCUCCUUCCUCGAACACAUCGUCCUUGCCUCCCUCAACAUCCUGGCCCUGCUUUGCCUGCUCUUGUUGCCCGAGACCAAACGCAAACCCUUGCCCGAAAGCCUGCACGACGGAGAACUUUAUCGGAGACCUUCGCUGCUCCGGCGGGCUGGCGAGACCGGGGGCCGGGACUCCGAUGGUGUGACCCGGCGAGACGAUGUACCCUUGCUCUCUACCCCCAACCCCACCAGCUGAUCCCGUGGUGGGCUUGGUUUUGGCCUCGACGGGUGGGCUCGUCCAAUGACCUCAAAAGGCCGGGGGCGGGGGGAGGCCAGGAGGGGACUUUUUCUGCUUUGGAUGUUGCACGAAAGGAAUCAUUUCGGCUGCACCAGCAGCAAAAACUCAUUUAUUUAAACGGGCGGACUAAAUUGGAAACUAGGAUUCAUAGCUAGUUGCCCCAGAAUUAGCUAAAAGAGUCUUUCUCAACGUCGCGCACUUGAAGAUCUGCAGACUUCAACUCUUAACUGCCUGUUGCCUUUUUUAAAAUUUGCGUUGCAAACUUCAGGGUAGUUGAGUGGCGUUCUCCCCCCCACUUCCUUAAUAAUUACUGUAAUUAUGUUAAUUUUCAUUUUUUCUUCACUAAGAUGGAUACCAUGUUUCCCUGAAAAUAAGACCUAUCCGAAAAAAUAAGCCCUAGCAUGAUUUUUACACAUGCACCCAAUGUAAGUCCUAUCCCCAAACUAAGCCCUAGUUAAGACCCUGCCCAUUCAGUUGACCCUGGUUGUCCUGCGCCAGCUUACCUUAGGGCAGUUACAGCUGGGCCUCCCACGCCCCAACACUUGCCUCACCUUGCCAGCCAACUUGCCACUUGCACGUUUUGCUAUUAGAGGCCUCCAUUUCACUGUCGGAGGUCUUUUUUUGAGGGCCUCUGCAACCGAGAAACGAGCUCCAGGUUGAAAGGCCUCUGGUAGCGAAACUGAGGCCAGGGGGGUGCCAUGCCCAAGCAGCAGCAAGCAGCUGCAGAAGAAGUGGGCCAGCAGUGGUCACACGGUUAUUAGUGCCACCACCUCCUCUCUUAUCUGAAAAUAAGACCUAAUGCCUCUUUUGGAGGCAAAAAAAAUUAAGACCAGGUCUUAUUUUCGGGGAAACACGGUUAUUAUAUGCCCUUGGGGGUCUUGCGGCUUGCCUUGAAAAUAACAGAAAUCAAAUAACAGACACAAAAAGAUAGUCCUAGACUUAGGAACCAUAAUGGAGCCUGGAAUUAUGGUCGUAAGUUGUGACAGUCAUUAAAUGAGUCAUCACAUGAUUGACUUGAUUUUAUGACAUUUUUGCAGUGCUCACUAAGCAAAUCAUGGUUAAGGGAACCACCACGGUGGUUUAGAGAAUCUCUGGUCAUUAAGUGAACCAUCAGGAUUGUGAAGCAAGCCAAUUGUCCAACCAUUUUUUUCCAGAAAACGACCAGGGAAUUCUGGGAGUUGAAGUCUGUACAUCUUCAAGUGCUUCUGGUCGACAAACACUGACUUUGGGAGCAGCAAGACUUCUGAUGUACCCACUACCCCCUUUAUUCGAGAGACGAAUUGAAAAUUUAAAUUUAAGGCCGAAUCAAACCGGCAGACGAAUCUCCACGGACUUUCAAGGAGAAAGAGAGAAAAAUCUUAGAAAAUGUUCUCUCCGGAAGAAAAUUUUCAUACCCUUUCUGCUUUCAGCAACAGAAAGAUUUUUGGGGCUUACGCGCUGAAAGUUCCUUGGUGAAGGGCUGUGUGCAGGGGUGCGAUUCAACCAGUGUAACAACCGGUUCACUUGAACCGGGCUUAACUGGUAGAAUCCCACCCCUGGCUGUGUGCCGAAAUGCUUAGCUAGGAGGUCGGGCUGAAUCUCCGGUUUUUAAAAUCCAUCUCGGAUUUUUU